AUUUGUAGUUGAUUUGUUCAACCUCCCAUUAGAGAAAGCAGUUAUCACUUUCUCUACCAACUUUUUCUCUUUGGCAGUGAUUACUUACUUCCUGGGCUCUUAAUUAGCAAAGUUGAGAUAAACUCAGUAAGAUUCUGAUGGAGGAGACACAAAACACAGAAAUGCAAAUAGAGGAUUCAACAACAGCAAUGCCACCAAUCAUGCAUAAAAGAUCUAAGAGUGAUUCUGAUAAAAAAUCUGGAACACCUAAGCUGGAUUCAUCUCUCAAGUCAUUUCACUAUGUUAGGCAGGAUGUUGGAGAAGCCAACGACAAAGGCGGCAUCAAAAACCAAAAAUCACUCAACAACAAGGUCCCAAGCUCUUUGCGACAAGAGAUUCAACAACUGGAGAAAAGACUUCAAGAUCAGUUUUCUGUCCACUGUGCUCUCGAAAAAUCAUUAGGCUUCAAGUCUUACGAUGAUAAUUCAUCCGACGUCGCUGAUGCUGCCAUCCCAAAGCGCACCAAGGAACUAAUAAAGGAGAUUGCAAUACUAGAAUUAGAAGUCAUGUACUUGGAGCAGCACCUUCUCUCGCUGUACAGAAAGGCUUUUGAACAGCAGAUAACACAUCUGUCACCUUCUGCUGGCAAUGGUAUAGAGAUAGAUUCUAAGAAGCAGAUGAGCUCGCCGUCGGAAGCGCUUCCAAAAGCAGCUCCAACACUAGAUUCCUCACCAAGAAAGCAGAAUCCCUCUACUAAUGUUCAGUCUGGUCAGAUAGUUCUACCACGUAAGUCGGCUACAGGUCGGCAGAGUGAGGCUUGCGCCGUUCCGUCUCAGGACAAGCGUAGUAGUUUCCGAGUUCAUCGCAGCCAUUCGUCUCUCCUGCAACGUUCAGUUUGUUCGGCCAGAGUUUCUCCCUCCGCGAGAAAUCUAGCAAGAGCACUUAAGGCUUGCCACACACUGCCAUUGUCAUUUCCUGAGGUAGCUGAUCAGGACAAGCAAAGUGUGGGUGAUUCAGGAAUACUAAGCUUGGCAGAUCAUCUUGGCGCUAGAAUUGGCGAUCACAUUCCUGAGACACCCAACAACAUAUCGGAAGACAUGGUUAGAUGCAUGUGUGCCGUAUACUGUCGACUCAAAGACCCCCCGACGGCGAAUCGCGGCUUUUCGUGUUCUCCUAGUUCAUCGUUUUCAUCGAUGAGCGUGUUCUCUUCGCAUUAUACAGGAGAUGCGUGGAGUCCCGGAUUUAGAAAAGAAGCCACUCUCGAGGCUUGGCUUGAUAAUCCCUUCCGAGUUGAUGGAUUAAAGGACUUCAGCGGACCCUACAACGCAAUGGUCGAAGUUUCAUCCAUCUGUAGGGGGACUCAAAGGUUCAGUGAUGCUGAAGUUAUGCUGCAUAAUUAUAAUUCGCUAGUUCAUCGGCUGGAAACAGUUGAUCCCAGCGGAAUGAAGAGCGAGGAGAAGCUUGCUUUCUGGAUCAAUGUACACAACGCUAUGACGAUGCAUGCACAUUUAGAGCAUGGAAUUCCACAGAGUAGCAUGAAAAGGGCAUCGCUGCUGACGAAGACAACAUAUAUCAUCAAUGGUGCAAGCAUAAAUGCAGAGAUUAUACAGGAUAUUUUGGGUUGUCGUAUAAAUCCACCCGGACAGUGGCUCCGGAUAUUACUAUACCCAAAGUCGCAUCCCAAAGAUGGAGAUGAGUGGCAAGCCUAUUCCGUCAAGCAUCCCGAGCCUCUAUUGCAUUUUGCGUUGUGCUCAGGAACCCGCUCCGAUCCUGCGGUGCGAAUAUAUAGUCCAAAAAGAUUGUUCCAACAGCUCGAAGCCGCGAAAGAAGAGUACAUCAGAGCCACCAUCAGCAUACAGAAGGAGCAGAAGAUACUCCUACCUAAGAAUAUUGAAACAUACGCCAAAGCCGCCGAUUUAACUGCAGAUGACUUGCUGAACAUGAUCAGGAGCAGUCUCCCGGAGAGUCUAAGGAUGAUAAUGGAGAGGUGCCGACAAGGGCGGUCUCGGAAGCUCAUACUGUGGGUACCUCACAACUACAGCUUCAGAUACUUGAUACCUAGAGAAUUGGCGCAAUUUUCGCACAACACUAGUAUGUAGAGUGAGAUGGAUCUCAGUAGUCCAUUCCCAGUUUGUAUGUGCUUGUCUUUCUACUUUGUAUAGAGAAUAGAUACAUGAGAAUGUUCAAGUUCUCUGUAAAAGUCUUCACUGAAUUAGCUGAAAUGGCAGACAUAUUGUGGAAAUUGAGAGUAAGAAACUAAUUUAAGAA